AUGUCCCCUAUAAAGCAUACAACGGUGAAUGUGUCGUCUCAGGACGCUCGCAACGACAGCGAUCCAUGUCCCGUCUAUACCGAGGAUGCGGAGCCUUUCCUACCAAACAAUACAAUUUCCCCAAAAUGGCUGGUGAAAUCUGUUGACGAUGAAGACGAUAAUAAGGCUAUCGCCGUUGAAAUGGAAAGACGCCGUCGGCAAUACACAACUAUGCAGCGUAUCAUCAUCAGUCCUGAGACACCACCCGAAGUGCGACCAUUUAGAUGGCUCAUCUCCUAUCAUGCGCUUCCCAAGGGAUACAGCAGCGAGCACGGUCAGAAAGGCCCACUGCCGCCCUGGCGCAUGCUUGUGCGGUGCUUUUUAGUCGAUGCUCCCUCCCAGUUAAGCGAUCCGGGUCAGAUAACGUCUAUAAGGUCAUGGAAAGAUUAUCCUGUGACAAAAAGGACAGAGUCUCAUCAUCGUACACAACUUGACGAUGCUCCGCCUAAUAUAACCUGUGGAAAGCGAUUUGUGUUUUCACGCCAGAAACACAAAUUUCUUUACGGAGAUUGGCUUUUCGUCGUCUAUCUCUGGGGUGCGGACCAACCGUGGGUGGACCGUGUUGAUGUACGGAAGUUGCUGUUAUCAUGUAACGUAUUCAGCGUCCAAGCUUGGGAAUGGGCUGAUGCCAAGACGCCAUAUAUGUUUUAUGAACUUCGAAAGGGAGAAGAUGGCGCGCUGGUGGAUACAGCAAACGACACUCCCCAGAGUGAUCGUGACGAUCUAGCGCAGCUUUAUGGCCGUUCACCGGAAAGACUCUCUGAACUGCGCCGUAUUAUGAAUGCUCAGUCAAGGUAUAUCCUUGGACGAUGGACACACUGCUAA